AUGCGUCCUCCGAAACACGACCCCGCCAAGCCGCACUGCUUCUUGACACACUGCUCGCUUAACCCCGAAGUCAGCCACACCAAUGUAUCGGAGGAAACACUGCACAGCUGGGCUAAAAGGUUUGAGAUCGAUGAAGCCGACCGCCAGAGACGCCUUAGCAGCUUCGCCUGUCGCGCCAACUCCUCCUGUGGCAACGGGUCGCUGCACAGCAUCCUGCCCAAGUCAGAGAGCAACGUCACCUUUCUGUCAGACCACCACCCCCUGACCACCACUAACCCUCUCUACGACGAAGAAGAAGACGGGAACUUCAGCAGCCCCUACGGGACAGCGAAAAGGGGCUCUUUCUCCCCCUCCCUCUCUGGAGGGUCCGGGAACGUCUGGACCAUGCGGACUCGUCUCCGUGGAGGGUCAGAGGGGUACGAGUCGCUGAAGAGACAGGCUCUGAUGGACCCGGCCCAGUGGGAGCUGCAGCUGCUCCAAGCUGGGAUGAAGGGUCAAGGAAGCCUGGAGGGUUAUGACGUCCAGAGCAGCCGCAGCACAGAGGAGAGCAAGCUGUCUGUCAGGGAGCAGGCCAGGCAGUAUGAACAGCAGGCCAUGCAGGAGAGGACCCCUAGGGGAGGGCGUGACUCCAGGGGCUCCCUGACCUCCCCUCCUUUACUGCGGAACCAAGACAACAUUGACAUGCUGGAGUUAAGCGCAGAGACCCUGUUCUCCAUUAUGGACAGCCCCUACAGCCCCCUGUCCAUAGGGAAGGAUGUUCCUCCCCGCAUCAUCAUCACCCAGGGCGAAGGCUCUCCGCCCCUGGCCCAGAGGCCCACCCUGCCUGUCCUCAGGACCAGCAUCUCCAGCUACAUCACUGCGGAGCCCUGCGAGAUCACUGUGGAGAUCAUUCCUGACCCACCUGAGAAUCCGCCACCUCCCCCUCCUUCUCCUCAUUCUCCUCCACCUCAUUCUCCUCCACCUCCUCCUCCUUCUCAAACACCUCAUUCUGGUCCUCCUCCUCCUCCUGCCUCAUCUCCUCCUCCUCCUCCCUCCUCAUCUCCUCCCCUGCACCCUUCAAUCCUCACUUCAUUGAGCCUGAUCAUUCUCCCCACCCUCCUUCCCUCCAUCUCCCCCUCCUGCUCGGAAUCAUGCUCCUCCGCCACCACCCCCACCCCCACCCCCACCCCUCCCGCCCCCUUUCUCCCCCACUUUCGAACGACCCCGCCACACCGUUCAGUUUGUCCCAACCUCCCUGCCGCCAUUGUCCUCGCUCCGCCCUAUUUCCUCCCGGGCCCAUCCCCCUCCUCCUCACCCCCAACCCGAGGACGGUGUGAAGAGGAAGGAGCUAAAGGGGAUUCUGAAAAACCUGCAGAACCUCGCUGACAUUGAGAAGUCUGUUGCCAACCUCUACAGUCAAGUAGACAAGAAUCGCAAGGUGGCGCGAUUCGGCAAGAAACCCCAAGCAACCGAGGGACCAGAA